AUGAUCUUUUCUUUAGUACUUUUCUGCUGUACUGUUAUACAAGUAAAUACUAUUUUGGAAAAUGUGUUUUGUACAUUAUCAUCAUCAGAUGAAUUAAUGAUUCAAAAUAUUCCAACAACAUUUGAGUUAAAUAUACCUUAUACAAUUAUUCUUUCUUCGAAUAAUACAUUUUUAUUAUCCUAUGUAACACUCGAUAUUGAAUAUAUUGAUACAAUUUCGAAUAUCAGCAAUGAUUCUUUUUGUCUUUCAACAAAUGAAUCAUCUUUAUCAUAUAUUUACAAGACAAGAUUCAUAUUAAAAUUUGAAAAAAAUUCAACAAAAACCAAUUGUAUUCGAUUAAAAUUACGUAGCUAUAUAAAUUCAACAGAAAUGAUGAUAACUAACCUCUGUAGAAAUAGUAGUAUAGAUAAAAUAUUUGAUAAUGAUGAUAAAUAUGAUGUACAAUCUUAUAUGAGAACAAUUAAUACUACUGAAAUAGCACUUCUAGAUAAUUUCAACUGGUUAAUUUUUGGACCACAUGUACGAGAAAUCUGGUAUACACAUGAAGGUAUGCGAUUAAGUCGUGAAUGUGAUGCUGCAGAAGAUGGUCGUGUUGCUAUAUUUAAUAAUCCAAGAGGCAAACGAAGACUAAUUUCUCGUCCGAUUGAUAUAUCAAAUGUAUCAUUACUUUAUAUGCGUCUUGGUAGUGGCACAUGUCCACCACCUGCACCUACCGAUCCACCAUUUCAAUUAUUAAUAACAACAGAUUGUUUUAAUUAUUCAAAUUGGCUUGUUGUUUAUUCACAACAAAUUUUACCUGGUAUCGAACAUGUUACUGUUCCAUUAUCAUUAAAUAAUCUAACAAAUUCUUCGACUGUAUGUUUAAAAAUUGAACAAGAUGGUGAUAAAUUUAUUGGUAGUGGUUCUUGGUUUAUAGAUGAUUUAUUAAUUAUUCGAUCUCGUUUACAAAAUGAAUAUUUUUUUGAAAUAUUUAAAACAAUGCGAUCAACGAAUUGGUAUCGUUUAGUUGGUGGUCAUUUAAAAACAUGCGAUGGACGAAUGAGUAUGGUUUUUGAAUCACAUGUUGAUACUCGAACUGAAAUAGGUGCUACAACAAUUGAUUUUUCUCUAUCAGGAUUGAUUGAUUAUGAUCGAGAUGCUCUUUUUUAUCUUUCAAAAAAUAUUUCAAUCGAUUGGACAAAAUGGAAUGCAACAGGUUUUUCAGAUUUAAAUAAAACAUGUACUAAUGAAGAUAUUAUUACAUUUAAUGAAGAAAAUUAUCGACAAUUAUGUUCACCAAUUAUUCAACUUAGUCGAAUUGAUAAUGUUCGUUUUACACUUUCAACAGAACCAUGUAUGAAACGAAAUAAAUAUAUUUCAACAUCGUCUGCAGUUAUAUUUCUUUCGAUUUUUUAUCAUGGUACAACUGUUGCUUAUUCAAGAACAAUACGUCGACUAUCAUUACGUGAAAUACCGCAAACUUAUAAAACUUAUCAUGUUCGAUUUGAUGAAUUACGUCAUAGUACAACAUCAUUUGGUCGUAUUUGUUUAUCACAAUAUCCUCAAUCAUCAGGAAAAAAUAUUGAUGUAUGGAGUGUAAAAGAUUUUGUUGCUUUACCUUUAUUACAAUCGAAUAUUACACAUUAUAUUCAAUUGGAAAAAAUUGAAAAUGAAAAUUGUCUUAUUGAAUGGAGACAAAUGACACAUGGUGGGAAUAAUCAAGAUGUUUGGGCUAUUGAUGAUAUUACAAUUCGUGAUGUAAUAUCAAAAAAAUCAAUUAAAAAAAGUCUACAUAUUAAAAAUUUUCAAACAAAAUUAACAUAUAUUCGACCAGGAUAUAUUCUUAGUUUUCAAUUAGAACUUAUACAACGAAAAGAAUCAAAAAUAUCAUUUGAUUUUGAUGACAUUAAUCUACAAAUAAAUUCAAGUCAAAUUGAUCUUUCUAAUUAUAUGGAAAUUGUUUCUUAUCAUUCAGAUAAUUCAACAUUAACAUUAAUUAUUACACUUCCACAAUCAAUAUGGUAUAAAAAUGUUAUAUUAAAUUUAACAAUUAUAGCAACAAAAAAAUUUACUUUAAAUUUAAUUCAUUUUGGUGUACAAUGUGAAAAUAAUUGUUGGUUUAAUGGAACUUGUUUAGAAGGAAUGUGUUUAUAUGAACAACAAAAAUUCUUCAAUCAAUUAACAAAUUUAUCAUUAAAUGAAAAUGGUUUAAUGAAAUAUAAAAUAAAUAUAGUUAAUAAUGAACUACUUUUGCCAUUUAUUGAUUCAACUGAUCUAUCCGCUAUACAUUUUCAAACAGUAGCACUUACAAUAAUUAAAAAUAAUCUUUUGCUUGAAUGUUCACCAAAUGGAGGUGUUAAAUGGUUUGAACUUGGAAUAUGUACAGAAGAAAAAGAUAAUUUAUUAAAAGAUCAUUAUGUAUCAUUGUCUACUUCUUGUCAAGCAAAGCAUACAUUAUUUCGAUGGAAAAAUUCAUCUAUUCACUUAUUAAAUGUCGCAUUUGUCAAAUCACAUAUUCAAUAUUAUUUUAUGGAUGAAUUUAAAAAAAUUGAUUCAUCGAAAUGGCUUUAUCCAACGUACUCAAUUAAUUCAUCAGGAUUAUAUACAAAUAAAAUUAAUAAUAUUUUUCAAUUAAUUUCAACAGCGAUCACUCUCAAACAACAUAAUUAUGUUAUUAUGAUCGAUACUAAUUCCAAUAUGAACAAUACACGUUUACAAGUUGAUUAUUCACUUGAUAAUAUUACUUGGCAUGAAUUAAUUGAUACAAAGAAUUUUGAACGACAAAUGAAUCGUUUUGGAGGACAGAUUCCAACGACAAUUCUUCGGCGUUCAAUUCUAAUACGAAUUCAAAGUGAUCGUUCAUUUACUUUAAAUCAUAUUUAUAUUGGUCCAUCAUGUCCAGCUAAUUGCUAUGGAUAUGGGAAAUGUCUUUGGAAAAAUGAACAAGCUAUAUGUCAAUGUGAUAAUAAUCAAACAUCAGAAAUAAAUUGUUUACAAAAUAGUUUACUUUUAUCAAGUUUAUAUGAAACAUUUGAAAACAAAUUAAAUUCAUCUAUAUGGUCAAUAUCAUCUCAUGUUCAACUAACACAUCGAUGUUAUAAUCGACAAAGUAAAACAACACCAUAUUUAUGUUUUUUACCUAAUAAUUAUACUCAAAAAAAUUAUGCUAUAAUUGGUCCAUUUAAAACAAUUAAAUAUGUUAUAUUUAAAUUUGGUUUACAAUAUAUUAAUAUAACAAAUUGUUCAAAUCAAAUAUUAUUUCAAUAUUCAUAUGAUAAUGGUAUACAAUGGUAUACAAAGAAAAUUUUAGAUGAAACAAAUAAUAUUUUUGAACGAUUUGAUGAUUUAUCAAUAAAUAUGAAUAUUUAUUUAAGAUGGAUUGAAGAAAAUGAUUAUUCAUGUUUAAUGUGGAAUCUACGUUCAAUUAGUAUUCGAACAAAAAAUGAUGAGAAUCUAUGGUUUGAAAAUAAUUUACAUAUAGAACAAAAUAACGAAAUUAAUUAUGAAGUUCAAACAUGGGAAUUUCCAUUAAUUCAAUCAAGUUCAAUAAUUCAAUUUGAUUUACAAAUGUUUCCAAUAAAAAAAACAAAUAAUACAAAUUGGUAUUUAAUACUUGAAAUAAGUUCAAAUAUUAUUUAUGGAUGGUCAAAUUGGAUAUCAUUAAUACCUUCAUGUAAUCAAACAAAUUUGUAUUGUGAAGAUAAAAUUUCUUUAACUGGAACUUUAUUUCUUGCACAAUUAUAUCAACAACAACGAAAUAUUACAAUUCCUAUACCAGAUAAUUAUGUUAAUCAAGAAGUUCGUUUUCGAUGGACAACAAAUCAAUCAAAUGCAUAUUUUAUGAUUAAUAAAGUUUAUGUUGGUGCAAAUUGUCCUUGGUUUUGUUCUGGUCAUGGUCUAUGUCAAUCAAAUGGAUGUCAAUGUAAUCAUGGUUAUGUUCUACCAUUUUGUUCACCUGAUCCUUUGAUAGUUUUACAAGGUGAAAUAUUACCAAUGCAACUUAAUGCAAAUUUAUCUAAUUGGUCAGAAGUAUGGGGAUAUGAAAAAUGUUCAAUAAAUGAUGAACGAUACGUUUUUUCGAAUGCAGGUACUCGUGGUUUAAUCAGUUCAGAAUUUUCUCUAGUCGGUAUAAAAUCUAUUCGUAUUGAAUUGAAUACAUGUUUUAAUCGAACUCAAAUAUUUAUUGAUCCAAUACAUGUUCAAAUUUCAUUAAAUAAUGGCAUUUUAUGGAAAAAUUUAAUGACUAUAAUAUAUCGUCAAGAAUUUCCGUAUAAACCUUGGCUUAUAGAAUUACCAAAGGAUGAAGCAAUGAAACUUUCUUUAGUUCGUAUUCGAUUAUUUCAACGAGUAACAACAAAAUGGACAUCAAAUUGGAUACUUAAUAAAUUUGAAAUGAUACCACAAAAAUUACCUAAUCAAUGGAUUAAUAAUGGUUCUUCAGUAAAAAAUAUUUGCAAUUAUAAAAAUUAUAUAUUUCCUCUUGAAAUCUAUUCAACAAUUGACAUUGAAUUAAAUGAAACAACAUUUUUAACAUUUCAAUUAGAUUCUAGUCGUUGUAUGGUUAGCUCGUCCGUAACACCAAAUCGUUCACAAUUUGAUCUAGAAUUUUCUAUUGAUUAUGGUCAAACUUGGUCAUCUAUUGAUCGACCAUCAACGAUUGCUUCUCGUAGUAAUGAUAUAAUCAUAACUCAACCACUUCAUGCAAUUAAAAAGACGUUUUUUUUACCAUUAUAUGCUUACCAAUCAUUAUCUAAAUUUAUUCGUAUACGUUGGUUAGCUGCAAAUUCAACAAUUGCAACACAUUGGCAAAUAACAAAUAUUACUAUUCGAUCUGAAUGUGAAGUUUUAUGUGAAUUACAUUUGUGUAAUGGAAAAUGUCGUUGUUCAGAAAAAACUAAUUGUUUAUUAUCAUCAAUAAAAACAACAUUUUUUGAAAGAUUUAAUAAUAGUUUAUCAGAUCUUAUUGUUUUACCAUUAUUAAAUCUUAUUUCAACGAGAUUUAUUGAAUUUAAUAUUCAUAUGAAUUGUCAACAAAAUAUUCAAAUAAUAUCAUUAGAAUAUUCUCGUAAUAUGGGUUUAAGUUGGCAAUUAUUUAAAUAUAUUAUUUUAAAUAUAAAUCAAUCUUAUAUUAUACAUGAAGAUUUAUUAGAUGAAAUGAGAUAUGAUUAUGUUCUUAUUCGAUUUGUUUUUCUAUCGAAUACUUCAAAAUGUUUAAAAUUAGAACAUAUUAUUGUUAGUGGUUCGAUUAUUUAUCAAGAAGUAAUCUAUGGAAAAUUUGAUCAAUUACAAAAUAUUGAUUCAAAGUUAUUUAUUUCAUUUGGUAAUGGAAUAUUUAAUGGAACAUAUUUAAUAUUUCCAACGACAAAUAAAUCAAAUUUAACAAUCAAUGAAAUUAUUACUGAUGAUUUAGAUAUUUUCGAAAAUUUAUUUUAUAUUCAAUUAGCUAUUAUUCCUCUUUCAUUUAAUCAUUGUAUAAAUAUUCGAUUUUCGUUUUCAUCUGAUUAUGGAUAUACUUGGCAAUCAAUUGAUUUUAAUGAUGUAUUAUUUUUUGAUGAGAAUCACCUUCGACAAGUGAAAAUUUUUACUUGGAAAUUAACAUCAAUGAUGAUCGGAUCAAAUCAAGUUCGUUUUCGUAUUGGUUUCGAUGAUGAGCAAAUAUCAUCUACUGAAGAACAAUUUAUCAUAGGCAUAUCAGACUUCUAUAUAGGUUCGAAUUGUAUCAAUGCUUGUAAUGGUCAUGGAAUGUGCCUUGGUAAUGGACGAUGCAGAUGUAAUCCAAAUUGGACAAAUAAUGAUUGUAGUCGAUCAUUAAUUCAUUUUCCAAAUGAAUUGAAUAUUCUUAAACAUAUUUAUUAUACAAGUUAUGGUACUACAUAUAAUUCAAAAUGUAAUAUAAUUUUUAAUAACACAUGUAAACGAGAAUUUGAAACAAAUUAUAUAGAUAUAAAUCAUGAACAUACAUAUGUUCAUAUUGAACUUGAUGAUCAAUGUAUAUCAAAAAUAUCUAGUCGAAAAAAUGGUGAAGGUUGGAUACGUCUUCAAUAUCGUCAAAUAAAUUCACAUCAAUGGAUUACACUACAUAUAUUCAAAGAUCAUCAAUUAAAUAUUAUAAAAUUAUUACCUCCACAUAUUCUUCAACUUCGACUUAUUCAAGAUUCUCCAAUUAUUGGUCGAUCUUCAUGGUCAAUAGAACAAUUUCAUAUAUUUCAUAUUCAUUCUCAUUUACAAUGGUUUUUAUUAGACGAUAAAAAUUCUACAAAAUGGAAUUUAACAUUUCUUAAUAUAAUAAAUUCCACUAAUGAAAUUAUUUAUGAAACUAAAGAUAUUUAUUUUAAUUCAGAUUAUAUUCUUCAAAUUGAAUUUAAUUGUAUUAAUUUUAUAAAAAAUAUUCUUGAAUAUUCAAUUAAUUUUGGUUUAACAUGGUUGAAAAUUUCUAAUAAUGAUGAAUUAGAAAUUAUACCAAUUAAAUUUAAUUAUGAAAAUAUUACAUAUUAUCGUUUAACUAUUUCAUUUAAUUUAUUUUCAUUACAAAAUAAUUCUAUUCGAUUUCGAUUGAAAUUUUCAUCAAAUUGUACAACAAAUUAUCUUCAAUAUAUUUACGUAGGACAUAAAUGUUUAAUGAAUUGUUAUGGUAAUACACGUUGUCUUAAUGGAGAAUGUCAAAUGAUGAAUGUAAUCACUCCUCUACACGUUGUUUAUUUAUUUAAUUCUAUAUAUAAAACAAAUAACACUAUUAAUACAUCAUAUAAAAAUAAACUAAUGAAAUCAGUUUUUGAACAUUUAUCAAAUGAAAUUAUUUUUGAAAUGUUUAAUUAUCUCGAUCUUUAUCAUGUUUAUUAUGGGUUUUUUCUCUUAAUAAAUGCAAAAUCAAAAUCAAAAUUCAAACAUUAUUAUAAAAAUAUUAUUAAUCCAAAUAAAAAUCGAAUAAAUAUUCUUCGUUUAUCAAAUCAAUUUACUGUUGAUAUUGUUUUUUCAUCACCAUAUAUAAUUUCAAAAUUUAUUCAACUUGAAAAACUAAUUCUUGAAAAAUUAAUGUUUUUAAUUAAUUUACAUUCAUUAACUCAUAAUACAGCUGAAUAUGUAGAUAGUGCGAUUGAUAUUUUUUCAAAAUUAUUUCUUCUAUCAAAAAUAAAAUAUUGUUAUGUAAAGUAUCAAAUCAAAAGUGAUUAUAAUCCAUUAUCUAAUUAUUUAAAUAUUAGUCCAAUUGAACAUCUAAUCAUUAAUGCACGAUUUCCAUAUAAAGAAUUAUACAAAUUAAUGUAUUGUAUACCAAAAAUUCGUUAUCUAUCAAUUAAUUAUAUUAUUCGUUCUUCUCCAGAUAAGGGUGCGGUGUGGUAG